AUGCAACAGCAACAGUCCAAUGCGUCUGCCUCAGGUUCUGGCUCAAGCUCGGCUCCAGGAUCUGGACCAUAUGGAGGAGGAGACCAGCAGAGCGAUCAGAGAGGACAUGGGCAGGACGAGGGUAGCGCAGGCGGAAAGAAGAAGUCGUCAAAGCGCAGAAAGGUCAACCAUGCCUGCCUCUACUGCAGGCGCAGCCAUAUGACGUGCGACGAGGGACGCCCAUGCCAGCGCUGUAUCAAGCGCGAGAUCGGCCAUCUCUGCCACGACGAGGCGCGCCCGCCAAAAACCGCCUCCAAAGCGGCCGAGGGCAGCGUGCCGCCCGGCGCGGACGGCUCGAGAGUUAUCCCCCCGUACGGCGCGAACACGUUCACGCAGGCCCCGUCAGCAUGGCCCGGUAUGGGCGUUGGCGUCCCGCAGGGCAGCUUCCUCUACCAGCCCGAGACGCUCGGCAACGAGUUUUCCAUGCUCUCAGACUUCCUUGAAACACUCGAUGAUGGUUCAUUCUUCACUCCACCACCGACCGUCACCCCGUCGCUCAUGGGCGCCGGCUUCCCGCCCCCUCCAACAUCCAACCUCCAAGGCUCGCAACAGCCCCAGCCUACAUCCCCCACAUCCCCAAAUGGAAGCGCCAGCAACCCGGACUUCGCACCUGAUGGCAGCAUACCCCAAGACCAACAUCACUCCCAGCAGCCUCGGCAGGGCGAGCAGCAAGCGCAGCCCCCGCGCCCCUCGUCACCCGAAAAACAGCCCGCCGAAGAACCGGCACCGCCCUUGCUGCCGAGCGCGACGAAGACGGAACGGUUCUUGCUCACGGCGGCGGACCAGGAGAGCGGCUCGCGCGACGAGCGGCUGAACAGGGUCAUCCGGAGCAAGUACGAGGCCGGGUUGCUCAAGCCGUAUAAUUAUGUCAAGGGGUACGCGAGGCUGUCGCGGUGGAUGGAUCGCAACGUGUCGCAGGAGUCGAAGCAGCAGAUACUGCAACCGCUGUCGGUAUUGAGGCCUAAAUUCAGGGCUGUCGCCCAAUCAUUACGAGAUAUCGACCUCGUGUUCAUUGAAGAAGCCUUCGAGCGCAUGCUGCUCGACUACGAUCGCGUCUUCAGCGCCAUGGGCGUGCCCGCGUGCCUCUGGCGGCGCACGGGCGAGAUCUACAAGGGCAAUCGCGAGUUCACAGAGCUCGUCGGACUCGACGGGUACAUGAUGCGCGACGGCCGACUCUGCAUAUACGAGCUCAUGGCCGAGGAGAGCGCGGUGAACUACUGGGAGAAAUACGGCCACGUCGCGUUCGACUCGACUCAAAAAGCCGUCCUCACGUCCUGCGUGCUGCGGUAUAAGCCGCACAUCAGCACGCACGCGACCUCGCUCGACGCCGGCUCGGGCACCGCAGGCGCGCUCGCGCGCCGCUCUUCGUCCCGCAAACACGGCUCCCACGAUAAAGACAAGGAGGGCGGUGGCGGCGGGAGCAACGCGAGCGGGGGCGAGGAGGGCUUCGUGAGCUGCUGCUUCUCGUUCACGAUCCGGCGGGACAAGUGGGGGAUCCCGAGCAUGAUCGUGGGCAACUUCAUCCGGUGCUAG